UUGCGAGCGACACACAUGGGAGUCCCCGCGUUCUACCGAUGGUUGAGCACCAAGUACCCUUUGACGAUCGUGGAUGCGGUGGAAGAGAGCGCAAUGACGAUUGAAGGGAGGAAGCGCUUCAACCUGAUUGACAUCGAAGGGCCGAACCCGAAUGGACAAGAGUUUGAUAACUUGUUUAUUGACAUGAACGGCAUCAUCCACCCUUGCGCACACCCUGAAAACGGUGAACAGCCUCGCACGGAAGAAGAGAUGUUCCUGAGGUUGAUGGAAUAUGUGGAUCGUUUGGUUGCGUGCGUUCGUCCUCGACGUUUGCUGUAUAUGGCGAUCGAUGGUGUCGCGCCCCGCGCGAAAAUGAACCAACAACGCUCGCGUCGUUUCCGAUCGGCACAGGAAGCCAAGCAACAUGCUGAAGUUGACAAAGAAGUGCGAGAGUACAUGGAGACUUUAGGGCAGAAGCCUCCGCCGAAGCAAACGCCGUGGGACUCCAACGUGAUCACGCCUGGGACAAAAUUCAUGGCCAAGUUGUCCAAGUACAUGCGUUUUUACGUCCGCGAUCGCAUGAACAAUUGCCCUGCGUGGAAGCACUUUAAGGUCGUGUUUUCCGAUGCGAGUGUGCCUGGUGAAGGUGAGCAUAAGCUCAUGUCGUACAUCCGCACCCAACGCAGCCAGCCUGGCUACGACCCAAAUCAACACCAUGUGCUCCAUGGUCUCGACGCCGAUUUGAUUAUGCUGGGUCUGGCCACCCACGAGGCCAAGUUCUCUGUAUUGCGAGAAGAGGUGCUCUUUGGACGGGCCAAGUUUGAAAAGGAUCAAAAGGCGAAUCAGUUCAAGUUGGACGCCAAUGGUGUCCCUGACGCGAUCAAACGUAAGCGCGGUGAGUUUGGCGAACACGACUCGAGCUCGACGGCAUCGACGUUGAAACCCCUUCAGUUCCUCCACGUGAGCAUCCUGCGCGAAUACCUAGCGAUCGAAUUCGAGCCUCUGCAAGCGCGGCUUCCGUUCCCGUACGACUUUGAACGCAUCAUCGACGACUUUGUGUUUUUAUGCUUUUUUGUCGGCAACGAUUUCUUGCCUCAUUUGCCGUGCAUGGACAUCCGAGACGGUGCUGUCGACUACCUUCUGCUGCUAUAUGCCAAACUCCUGCCGUCCCUUGGCGGGUACUUGACGUUGCCUGGGGGUGAAAUCGAUCUGGAAAAGGCCGAUGUGAUCUUGGCUGAGGUCGGGACAGUCGAAGAAGUGAUUUUCCAGCGCCGCGUCGCCAAAGAGCGUGAAAACAUGAUGCGGGAAGCAAGGCAAUUGAGCCAAAGUCAACGGGAAAAAGUCCUAGGGUCUACGAUGAAAGACGAGGCGGUCGCCGUGACGAAGCGACUGAAGGGAAGUGCUGGAAAGGACAUCGUCACGGCCGUGGUAGACGACGACGACGGUAGCGCAGACGUUGCCAAUGACGAUGCUGAAGAAGGAACGCCGGCGAAGGUGUUGACCCCCGCCGAGCAACGGGAAGCCAAAUAUCGCCACAUGACACCUGAAAUGGCGCUCAAGCUUCGCGUGAAGGAAAAAGAAGAGAAAAAAUUGGAGCAGCUCAAGCAAGAAAUUAAGGACAACGUGCGGCUCGGCGAGCCGGGGUGGAAAACGCGGUACUACGAGGACAAGCUCAAGGCCCAUGACAUUGAAACUGGUGGCGGGCGCGAAAAGGUGUUUCAGUCGUACGUGGAGGGCCUGUGCUGGGUCAUGCGGUACUACUACUCCGGUGUGGCGUCUUGGCAGUGGUUUUACCCGUUCCACUAUGCUCCCUUUGCAUCGGAUCUCAAAAACAUUGAUCGAUUCAAGAUCUCAUUCGACGUUGGUCAACCCUUUUGCCCGUUUGAGCAGCUCAUGGGGGUAUUCCCGGCCGACUCGCGCCACGCCAUUCCCAAGCCGUACCAGUGGCUGCUGACCGAUGCGGAGUCACCCAUCAUUGACUUUUACCCUGAAGACAUUCCUGUCGAUCCAAAUGGAAAGGCCCAGCCAUGGCUAUGGGUUGUGCUGCUUCCUUUCAUUGACGAGUCCCGCCUCUUGGACGCGAUGCGACCGAUCAACGAUAAACUUACGGACGCCGAGAAGAAGCGCAACGAGCGAUACGGCAAAGAACUGCUGUUUUUUCACUCGUCGAUGGCUGGGGACCACCCGUUGCCGUCGGUGAGCGGACUGCAGUCUGUUGACCUGUCCCAUGAUACGUUUGGAAUCUUUGGCCGAGUGCACUAUCUCGAGUCGUGCGAUUUCCCGCUCAAGUGCACGGUUCCGAGCCCGCAAACGUCCAAACUCGAGCUCCAAGAUGUGCCCAACAACCAGUGCCUCAGCUUUCACUUUGAAAUGCCCCGUGCAGGUUUGCAUCGGUCAUCGUGGCUCGAUGGCGCGGUUGUGCCGCCACCGGUACUCAGGACCCCAGAAGACCGGUCGAUCACGGUCCCCAAAAUGGGUUUCAAGUCCAUUUCAAUCGUCGACUUGGCUGGGGCUGCCGCCGGGGCCACCGCAACACGCACCCGAGGCUUCCGUCAGCCAUUCGGAGGAGGGUAUCAGGGCAACAACAACAGCAGCAGCAACCGCAACUAUAACAACCAACACGGGGGUGGGUCCUCACAGCAAUACAGUAGCUCCCGCCCCAGCAACAAUUAUCAAAGCGGCGGUGGACGAGCCCCCCCCAGUUACCACCACAACCCUCCACCAUCGUCAGGAGGCCCGCCGCCAUUUGGCCGGCGUCCACCUCAAGCCGGAAACAGCGGUGGAUUUUACCCGAGCAAUACUACAGGAAGAGGCCGCAGCCCCCCUCGACGAGACUACGAGUACAACCAACGGUCUCCACCGCGAAGAUAUCCUUCCUACCAACAGGCUCCGCAUCGCACUGAAUUGGCCCCUGGCGUACCCCGCGGCUUCGGUCCCCCUGGGGGUCUUCUCCCUCGUCCUCCUUCAUCCGGCGGGGGUUUUGGGCCUCCCCGUCCCAACUUGGACGCGCUGCGCCAGGGUCUGCGCAACAUGCACGCCCAACGGCAAGGACCCAACGCUCCGCCACCCUCGAAUAGCGGCCGCCCGUACACCCACCAAGCCCCGCCGCCGUCGCGAAGAUAUGACCGCUAAAAGCGUUUGUAUUCUCGUCACAGUCCUAACAAUACUCUCGAGUGUUUCACACAUCAGUCUGUUGGCUCAGCUAAAUCUGAGCUCUCCGUUGGUCCAUCUCUAUGGAACUUGAGCGCAUACCUGAACUCCUGCAGCGCUUGAACCUAAAACCCACACAUGCACUCGGCCAGCUUGCGGCGAACGACAUGGAGCAACUUUGCCGCAUGGAGGUCGACCAAUGGCCACAUUGUGCGCAGCGUUUGAGGUCCCGCCACGGACGCUAACAGCGCGACAUCGGGUCGGGGAAGCGGCACCACG